AUGAUUGAAUCUGGAUGUUUAGUAUAUGUUAGGACCCACCAAAGAUCAUUGAGAUGUGAGUCUUAUAAAUGCUUGACAGAUGCUUUGACUCGUGGUGAACUUGAUCCAUCGGCUCAAGGUCGUAGAAUUAUUUUGCCUUCAACUUUUACAGGUGGUGCAAGGUAUAUGGUGCAAAAUUACCAGGAUGCGAUGGCAAUAUGCCGAUGGAUUGGAUAUCCAAAUCUGUUUAUUACAUUCACAUGUAACCCAAACUGGCCGGAAAUUGUAAAGUUUUUGAAAGAAAGGAGAUUAAAGGCCGAAGAUCGGCCAGAUAUAAUAUGUCGUGUCUUUAAGAUGAAGUUAAAUGCUCUAAUCAAGGAGAUUCGUAAAGAAAACAUCUUUGGUUCUGUUCUAGCAGUGAUUUAUACCAUUGAAUUUCAGAAAAGAGGUUUACCGCAUGCACACAUAUUGUUGUUUCUGGCAAAUCAUCGUGGGUCUGGUGCUGCAACAGAUUUAGACAAAUUCAUUUCAGCAGAUAUUCCAAGUGAGUUGUGCGAUCUUGAGUAUCACAAAGCAGUGGGAGAAUUUAUGAUGCACGGACCGUGUGGUACGUGUAGGAAGAAUUCACCAUGCAUGGUUAAUGGUAGAUGCUCCAAAUAUUAUCCAAAGAAAUUUGUGGAGAAAUCAACAAUGGAUGAAGAGGGUUAUCCUGUGUAUCGUAGGAGUGACAACGGUAGGACUAUAAAGAAAAAUGGUAUUGAUCUAGAUAGCAGAUAUGUCGUUCCACACAACAGACAUUUAUUGGUGAAGUAUAGGGCUCAUAUAAAUGUGGAGUGGUGCAAUCAAUCCAGAUCAAUUAAGUACUUAUUUAAGUAUGUGAACAAGGGGAAUGAUCGUGUUACUGCUGAAUUCUACAACAGUGUGGCUGAUGAAGCUACUGGAAAUGUAAUCGAUGAGAUCAAGAUGUAUUAUGAUUGUAGGUAUAUUUCACCCUGUGAGGUAGCAUGGAGGAUGUUCGCCUUUGAUAUACAGAUGAGGGAUCCGUCGAUAGAGCGCUUGAGCUUUCAUCUACCAAAUGAGCAAUCAAUCAUAUUUAAUGAUGAUGAUGUUGUCAAUAAUGUUGUUAACCAUUCAACUGUGAGACAAAGUAUGUUCACUGCAUGGUUUGAUGCUAACAGCAAAUACAGCGAGGCAAGAAACUUGACUUACGCUGAAAUGCCAACAAAAUUUGUAUGGAAAAAAGAUAAGAGAGAGUGGCAUCCAAGGCAAAGGAAGUUUGCAAUUGGUCGUAUUUUUUAUCUUCCACCAAAUAGCAGAGAAAUCUUCUAUCUUAGAUGUUUAUUAAAUAUUGUGCGUGGACCAAGAUCCUUUGAUGAAAUUAAAUAUUUUGAGGGGGUGCAAUAUACUUCAUUUAGAGAUGUCUGUUAUGUACAUGGUUUAAUCGAGGAUGAUAAAGAGUAUGUUGAUGCGAUCAGUGAAGCAGCGAUAUGGUCCUCAGCACAUUCUUUACGUAAAUUAUUUGUAACUUUAUUGACAUCAAAUUCAAUGGUGAAACCAGAAAAAGUGUGGGAUAUUGUUUGGCAAUACCUAGCUGAUGAUGUUGAGUUCAAUGCUAAAAUAAAUACAAAUUUGAUGCUCAAUGACGUACAGAAGAAAAAUGGGGCACUCAUGGAAGUGGAGAAGUUGUUGAAUGCUUGGAACAAGUCUCUAAGUGAUUAUCCACCAAUGCCAAUGCCAGUGGGAAGUCAUGAAUACUAUUUCGAUAAUCAGUUGUUGUACGAAGAAUUGGAGUACGACAAAGAAGCUUUAAAGCUAGAACAUGAAUCACUGUUUUCUAAACUAACUGAUGAACAAUUACUCAUAUACAACAAAGUGAUGGUGGAUGUUGAAUCUAAUAAAGGUGGUUUGUUCUUUGUUUAUGGAUAUGGUGGAACUGGUAAGACAUUUUUAUGGAGGACACUGUCGGCUGCUUUAAGGUCAAAGGGAGAAGUUGUUUUGAAUGUAGCAUCAAGCGGUAUAGCCUCAGUACUUUUACCGGGUGGAAGGACUGCACACUCAAUGUUUUCUAUCCCCAUUGCAGUGAAUGAAGACCCAACUUGCAACAUUAGCCAAGGUAGUCCACUUGCUGAAUUGAUUAUAAAAUCUAAGUUAAUCAUAUGGGAUGAAGCGCCGAUGAUGCACAAACAUUGUUUUGAAGCAUUAGAUCGGACAAUGAGAGACAUAUUGCGAUUCACCAAUCCAAAAAGCUUAGAAAUGUCUUUUGGUGGAAAAACAGUUGUACUUGGAGGUGAUUUUAGACAAAUACUACCAGUUAUACCAAAAGGCAGUAGACAAGAUAUAGUACAAGCAAGUAUAAACUCAUCAUACUUGUGGAGUAAUUGCGAAGUACUAAGCUUAACAAAGAAUAUGAGGUUGCGUGGUAUUUCAAGUGCAGAAGAAGUUGAAAAGUUAAAUAGUUUUGCAAAAUGGAUUGCUGAUCUAGGAGAUGGGAAUUUAGGAGAAGAGAAGAAUGGUAUCUUCAAUAUAAGGAUUCUAGAUAAUUUUGUUCUAAGAAAUGAAGUUGACUCCAUAGCAGAAAUUGUCCAAAGCACAUUUCCUUCGUACGGUAGGGUCAACAGGACCGGUCAAAAGGGGCGGGCAACAUGGGCACCCGCCUAG